AUGGUCUUAUAUGGAUUUAGACGAGGGCAAGGAGUGCGCGGAGUCUGCUCAGAGCCGUGCGGUGUGGGAGAGUGGGCCCGGGCGGGAGAGGGCAGGGCGCGGUGCUGUUGGACGUGCGUGCCCUGUCCGCCGCUCGCCAUUACCGUGCCGCCCCCCGCACCGGGCUGCAAGCCGUGCCUUCCCGGACACCGACCUGACCUGACGCGGACUCGCUGCAUACCUUCGCCCGUGGAGUGGAGCGGCGGCGGACGACCUCGAGCUAUAGCCACUUUGACCGGUGCCAUCGGUUUGAUCACGGUCUGCUUCUUCUCUGUCGUGUUAUGGCACUACCGUAAAACUCCCGUUGUGAAAUCUGCUUCACGAGAGCUGUGCGCGCUCCUGCUCUGCUCUGCGGCCUCGUGUCACGGCGCGGCGCUGGCCGGUGCCAUCCGCCCAGCAGGGCUGUCAUGCGCGGCGGUUCGACUGGCAGCUCCGGCGCUGGGCGGCGUAUAUGCUGCGGUGGUGGCUCGCACCAUGCGCGUCGCACGUCUGGUAGCAGCGGUCGAAAAACGCCCUGCAGCUCGACCCCGAUUGCUCUCGUCCCGCGCUCAGGUGUGGACGUGGUUGGCCCUAAGCACGCCGGGCUGGGCGAUGGCGGCGUGGAGCGCCACCAGUUGGCCUCCCGUGGCGCGGCUGUUGCACCCGGGCCGGGCGCGCUCCGUGCUGGCUUGCGCAGGAGAGACCGCGACGGCCCAGCUGGUCCCUUUGGCACCGGCCCUAGUGUUGCUCGGUGCGUGCGUGUUGCUGGCAGUGCGCACGCGCCGCCUGCCGCAUAACUUAAACGAGACUAAGUUCGUGGGGGCGGCUGCGUACGCGACCUGCGUGACGUGGCUGGCGUUUUUCCCGCUGUACGCAGUGACGGAGGCGCGCACGGCGUGCCUGUGUGCGUGCGUGUCGCUGUCGGCAGGGGCGUGCGUUCUAUUGUCCCUGGGCCCGAGGGUCUGGGUGUGCUUAUGCCGUCCCGAACGCAACACACGCGCUCACUUUCUGACCGCCACUUCGAUCCGUUGUCACCUCGGCAAGUACCGCUCUGGGAGAGCCGCCCGCCCGUCGGCGACCGUCGGCGAGAGUCGGGAGGCGUCCAGUCAGACGACGGAGUGCGGGGAGUGCGGAGAGUGCGGGGCAGCGGGGCGGUGUGCGCGUGUCACACGCUGGGAAGGUCCGGAGUCUGCACACGUGCUCAUCGUGCUGUACCCUCACCGACACGUGGCGCCCCUCUCGUUGGCACACUACGCGCACGACUCUCCUCUCGCCGAUCGUAAUCUCUAA